CUUUCCUCUUCCCUCCCUCUCCACCUUUCCCCCAUUUCCCAUCCACCCCCUUUUCUCCUCUUCCUCUCCCUCUCCCCCAGCUCUGUCCCUGGCAGUGGGCACACACAGGGAUGAGCAGCGGGCUGGUGUUGCGCGCCCCGCUCCCCGACGACUCCUCAGCGUUCACCCCGCUGAAGCCCGUCACCAUGUCAGGGGAGCCUGGCGAGGACACCUCCGUCUUUGAGGACAUCAAACCGCCUGCCAGGGCCCCGGACAACCCUCCUGACCUGGCACAGCUGCACCCCAUGAGGAUGGAACAGCGGAUGCCGCUCACUCUCGAGGGACGAUCUGAAAUGGAUAAGUACCUCUCCAACCAGAUGCCACCCGUCCCCAUGAUACCAGACAAGAAAUACCGCCGGGAGAGUGCCUCAGUGGUAGAUGAGUUCUUCUCAACAGAGAAACCCACUUCCACGCCUUACAGUGUGAACAUCAAUGUGAUCCUGCCCGACACCACGCACUUACGCACUGGACUUUACCGAUCCCCCAAACCCAUGACGCCAUUCGCGCAGAUCAAGACAGAGCCUGGCACCAGCUUCUCCCAGCCCUGCUCUUCCACAUCAGGCUCCACGCAGACCCUGCCUGACUUCACCAGUGUCUUUAGCAUGCCCCAGUCAGUGGCAGUCAAUAACAUCUUCAUCAAGCAGGAGAUGCCUUCUGAUAUCUCGCUAUCCAGCAGUUCACAGCAAGCGCAGUUUUACCAGAUGCCUCUUGGCAAUGGCAACGCUGAUCUUACCAACCUGACACCCUCCUCAAACAGCACCACAGCCAUCAACAGCCUUAGUGGUGUCACCAUGUCCACAGGUAACGCCAUGUCCAGUGUGCUUCACAGACAUGUCCAGGCUGGAGGGCAAGUUAAGCAGUACUCACAUGUCUCCCAAGGACAGGAAAACUUCAACAUCUCAGGGCAGUUCUAUUCUGUGCCAGGGGUGAACCUGCCACCUUCACCCCCCAACUCGCAGCCUGGCAGCCCAGAAAAUCAACCAGAGCUCAUCAACACCAUCUCUCCCCCACCAUCCUAUGAAGCUACUUUUGGACUGAAGCUGGUCCAGUCAUCCCAGGUCCCUCCAGUCCCCAGCAGCCUUGGGACCCUCUGCCAAGGGCACACUGUCAUGCAGACCCUCAAAUAUAACAGACGCAACAACCCUGAGCUGGAGAAAAGGAGGAUCCACCAUUGUGAUUAUCCAGGUUGCACAAAAGUGUAUACCAAGAGCUCCCACCUGAAGGCACACCAAAGGACUCACACAGGUGAAAAGCCCUACAAGUGCACCUGGGAUGGCUGUGACUGGCGCUUUGCCCGCUCCGACGAGCUGACCCGGCACUACCGCAAGCACACAGGUGCCAAGCCCUUCAAGUGCCUGGCCUGUGGCCGGUGCUUCUCCCGCUCUGACCACCUGGCACUGCACAUGAAGCGGCACCAGAACUAGGGACCACCUCCAUUGCUAUGUCUCCAAGGGCAGCUGGGACUCUUCUUCGAGGGGACCUGUCCUCCACUUGUACAUAGGAACAACCCCGUGCUGUGGUCAACUGGCAGGACAGAAGGUGAAUCCCACCCCAACCUGGUUUUAAAACAGAUACCAUUAAAAAAGAAUGAUAAUUACAGACUGAUCUUGCCACAAAGCUCCUUGUAGCACCAGGGCGAUGGGUCUUGGGUGGCAAGGUCUUUCUUCCAGCAAACCUGCUAUUUAUUUGUCUCUUGGAACCAGCUUUCCUUGGUGUCUUGAGCUCUUGAGGAUGUUUUGCCCCUUUCAAGGUUGUGCCUUUGGGGAGUCAAAGGAUGGCUGGGAAGGCUGGUGGACCAGGGUGUCCCACUAGUUGUGAAAUCCUCUUGGACUGCCCCAUUUCAUGGCCAUGACUGGCACUGGUGACAUGGAGAAUUGCGGCCCAUGGCUGCUUGGGUUGACAGCCCCGGUCUCUAUGGGGGCAUAGAAGAAAGUAUGAAAUACUCACAGAAGGGACAGUGCAGAAGCUGUAUCCUGUCGAACCCAGGGCAUUUGCCCUGCUUGGAUAGAUUUUCUGGUUAUGUCCGUUGCAUUUCUGCUUCCAAGAUGAAAUGUGAUUCCAGAUGAAUCUGAGAGGACCAGAGUAGGUCCCAAAGCCACUCUGGGGACAGCAAGGAACUCACUGUGAGCUCUGGCUUCCCAGAACAUGCCUUUCUCCAAAGGGCAGGCUUUGCUUAUGCCUUGACCACAUGCAUGAGGAACCAGACAUCACUCAUCACGCUGGCUCUGUGCUGUUGCUGUUUCACCACCUUUAGACAAAAGAAAGGGGAAGAAGAACCAAAGAAGCAUCUUUAAAACAAAUUCCGAUAAAUCCUGCUGUUCAGAAUGUGAUCAUGUUACCUACCUCACUGGUUUCCUGCCCCAAGCUCUGCAAGGUGCCUCCCCCCACUUCCUCAAGUGCCAUGACGCAUAGGGCACGUUGGCUCUCCUUCAAAGCCUACCAGAGCUUAGGUGUGGGCAGAACAAGGCCACACCAGCUCAACCGGCAGCUGUGGAGGUAAUAAAUAAAUCAGGAACAAAUAAUGGGCCUGGUGCGUUCAACAGAAUAUUGAUUUCCCCCCACCCCAGCUUCUCUUUAAUUCAUCCUUGAACAAAAUUAAGGAACGUGUGGAUGGAUGCAUCUCCUCACUGGGAACUGAACUGCAGCAUCUUCAGGCCCAUAAAUGAUCUUUUGCUAACUGCAGCCAUGGCCACCAAGCUCUGGUCAUGGUCACGUCCUCAUGUCCUUACUUUAGCUCUUCCGUCAUGACUUGGUGGGGAGCAGUGGGUGCGGGGGCCAAUGGACUUAUCCACAUUUCAUCCUGUUGGCUGUGGGGUCUCUGUGUGUGUUGAGGUCUGGUGUGUACAAGCGGUAGAAGCCAACAUACUGGGGCAGGUGCUGUUGGUUUCUCCUCCUGCUUCCUUUUGGAGACCCUCAGGACAGGAUCAGAGCAAAAUGGGCUGAACCUCCUAAACAUGUGAGUUAAACUACAGGACACUGGAUUGACCAGCUCACUGCAUGUGCUAUGGGGCUGGUGGUGGGCUCACCCCUCACCCGUCACUCUCCUAGAGGGACUUCAUUGCUCCCCCGUUUUAUUUUGGGGACAGAAACCUCCAGCUGCCCCCAUUUCUAUCUCCUGGGGCCCAAAACCCACAUGCUGACAAACAAGAAAUGCUGAUCCAGGCAACAGGCAGCUUUAAAUCUUAGGGGAAUUUGAAAUAAUUUACCUGAUUAUCUCUUCUUU